CGCCCAGCAUGAAUAAAAAUCGACAAUAAUAAUUAACACUCGACCAGAACCAUCAAAAGAUGGUUUUUCGACCAAAAGACAGCCCCGUCGAGAUUAAUUCACCGUGUCGAUUUUUAUUUAAAUUCUGAUCGAUCAAUCUUCAAACUGAUCUUAAAGAAUUUUCUCGACCAAAAUUAUAUCUGCUCGUGAGGGUUAUUACAACCGGUCUUUUUCGUUUUAGUUCUGCGGCAAAACACACCUGUGAUACUCUCGGAUUUCCCCAUAUUACCUCGACUCCGUUACGGGUUGGAAACUUGAGGCAAAGAUGGUACGUUGAUGGGAUAGCACGCAUGGCGUUCAACCACGGCGUUCCCAUGAUAACGUUGUAAGAUGCGGGACGGUCAACGACUAGAAACUCUGUGACUUUCAUCACGGUUCCGGCUUUGACUGUGAGAUUAAUCGAUCCGUAGGUCAUGGUUGUUUCCCCCGAAAGUCCCAGCAGUGGACUAGGAUAUUUCGCAACUUCGGAUUGAUUGAUCCCCAUUUUUUCAAGAGUAUCUUUGAAGAUGAUAUCGGCCGAACUUCUGGUGUCGAUUAACACCCUAGCGACGUCGAUAUCCUGAAUCGUCAGCUUGAUAACAAGGAGAUCGUUUCGAGGUUUUGCUCGAUCGACCGUUGCUCCCCCUUGAAUGAGAUGACGUUCGCGCACGUCGAGUCUUGCAUAUCGUUCCUGAUCGCUGAGUGGCUUUUGCGGGUUAGAUUGAUCUGUACCCCCCCCCCUUCUUCUAGCGCCAAACUGUGGGAACCGAAAUUUGCACUGUCAAUUUCCGUUAAAAUAAGAAAACUAGGACAAUCCUAAUUUCCCAGAGGUCCCGGAUAUCUACUAAUAUCACACGUCAAUCAAUCAGAACACGAGAAUAACAACGAUAAAGUAUAAGAAAUCGAAAAGAGAGCAAAGUAGAUCUUAGUCCGAAUUCGCGUUUGAGCGUUCCAACAAGGUAAGUGCCUGGGCUACAAGAGCUGUCGGCGAGAUUCCUUAUACUUUAUCGUUGUUAUUCUCGUGUUCUGCUAAUACCACACGUCAAGCAAUUAGAAUUUUCCUAGUUUCCUUAUUUUAACGAAAAUCGACAGUGCGAAUUUCGGUUUCCACAGUAAAGGCGCCAAAGAAAAUGACAAGAGUUGCAAGCGAAUCGAUCAGAAGACCACGAAUGGCAACUCCUGUCAAAGUGUAGAGAUAAGAUGAAGUCAGCUUACUGGACUCAGACAAAAAUCUAUAAGAGCAGCCUAUCUGAUAAAUGUUUUUAAAGCAAAAUGGAGAUUUCUAGUAUAACACGUGUCACUUCCUCCUUGCCCUAUUUGAUUAGGUGGAUGAACCUUUUUUUUUUUGAACUAUUAUUAUGUUGAUGCAAUAAAGUGUUAUUAAAAUCUCAAAUCAUUGACGUGUCUUAACAAGAAACUUAGGUUUUUUGUUGCGGAAAAUUGAUGAGAAUAGAACGUGAUAUUAAGGUCAUUCUUGCUCCUAAACACAAUGGGAUGGGACACUAACGUUUAUUCAGAGACAAAGUUGUCAGUUUUUCGUAUAAUUUUAAUUGCAUUGAAGAAGUUAGGUUCGGUAGAGAACAAAAGCUUUUAAAGCCAAGAAAAAAUGAGUGCUCUCUUUAUUGCUUGUGUAACAAAUUUCAAACCAUGAGUAAAUUUUAUCUAAACAUACAUUUAGAUAAAAAAUAUAGUGUCAUUACUAAGAGAGUGAAGACAUAUGUUUUUAUCACAUAAAUUGAUUAAAUUAAUUGGUACGAAGUUUCCCGAAAAUAUACUAAAUUAUAGAGCUAAACCAAAAUAAAGGUAACAAAUAACAGUACAGAAAAUAUCAGUUCAUCUUUUAACAAGAAGUCCAAAUCGAUUCCUUUAUAUCUCAAGAAUAGAGCAUAACAGUUCAUCAUUUAACAGAGACAAGUUGUCAGUUGAAAAAUGUUACUCUCUCCAAAGAAGAUUGUGUUGGUGUUCUUCCUUGUUGCGUUUACUGCACUUGCAGUUUCAACACGGCAGUCACGCACCGAUUGCCAGUCGACUUGUGGAACCGUCAAAAUCGAGUACCCGUUCGCGACCUCUUCUGACUGUGUCCACGAAGAAAAGUUUCUCCUAAGGUGUGAUGAGGAGGAGCAAAAGUUGUUUUUGAAAAACUCAAACUUAGAAGUGCUCCGCAACUCCUUCGACGACGGAGAAGUAGAGGUACUUGUGGACGUUAUUUCCCUAUGCAACAUGAAAGGAGAUGGUGGAAAUAUAAUCCUACCUAUAGAAAUACCUGGUUUUAUGUUCUCGAACAAGAAUCAACUAUUUCUAGUUGGUUGUAAUAUUGAUACGUUUUGCAUUUUCACGAUGAGGAAUGGAGGAACCACCGCAUUUACAUGUGAGACACAGUGCGAUUCUCCACCACCAGUAGAUAAAUCAUGUUCUGGUUACAAUGGUUGCUGCCGUACUUCACUGUCUAAUGUAAACAGCCAGAUAUUGAUAAAUCCAGGGAACUAUAUUGGUUGGUCGUCGUCGUACUCGUAUCCUUGCAAAUAUGUUUUUGUGGUCAAAGAAGGAUAUUUCGUCUUUUCUGUACCGGAGGAUCUUAAGAACCUCCGCAACUUUACAAGGUUUCCUGUGAUACUUGAUUGGCUCUUGAGUCAAGGAACAUGCCAACAGGCAGAAGACACGAGCUUCUGUGGAGAGAAUAGCAGAUGCAUCGCAACUAGUAAUUGUACUGAUUAUGGGUAUUCUUGCAAAUGUCUAGACGGGUUUGAAGGGAAUCCCUACGCUCAACAUGGCUGCAAAGACGUGGAUGAAUGCACAGUGAAUGCUCAUUCUUGUGGGAAGGACCAUUCCUGCAAGAACGUUGAUGGAACCUUCAGGUGCAAGAAGAAAAAGGAAUGGACAACAAUAAUUCUUGUAAGCAUCAUCGGAUGCUUAGUCUUCUUGGUCGGAGUGUGCUGCGUACUCCUCAAACUCAAGCUCAGUCAACUAGCCAAACUUAGAGAGAGGCGCUUCGAGUCAAACGGUGGAGUCUUGCUGGCGCAGAGACUCCUAGAGUCACCGAACCAGUGCAUCAAGAUAUUCACUGAGGAAGAGAUCAAGCAAGCCACUCACGAGACCAGUUUCCUUGGUGGAGGAGGCCAAGGAGUCGUCUUCAGAGCCACUCUUCCAGACAAUGUAGAAGUCGCUAUCAAACGAUCUCGAAACUGGGACCCUGACCAAGCUGGGCAGUUCGUCAACGAGAUCAUACUGCUUUCCCAAAUCAACCACCCUAACGUGGUGCGACUCUUAGGUUGCUGCCUCGAAACCCCAAGUCCCCUCCUCGUCUACGAAUACGUUCCCGGUGGUACCCUUCAUGACGCCUUAUUCGAUUCAUCUCUAGCUUGGUCUGAACGUUUAAGGAUUGCGGCAGAAAUCGCCGAGACUUUAUCAUACCUCCACUUCUCGGCUCCUGUCUCUAUAGUUCACCGUGACAUUAAACCUGAGAAUAUUCUUUUAACUCAAACCUUGUCUGUGAAGCUAUGUGAUUUUGGAGCCUCUAGGCCUGUUCAUACCAGAACAGGCCAGCUCACCACAUUGGUCCAAGGUACCUGGGGCUACCUUGAUCCGGAGUAUCUCCGGACAGGUACCUUGACAGAAAAGAGCGAUGUUUAUAGUUUUGGCGUCGUGUUGGAACUGGUGUCUGGGGAAAAGGCGUUAAGCUUUAACCCCACACGGGGAAAGGGUUCUGGUCAAUCACAUAGACGCGGCACUCAAAGAAAAUCGCCUGAGUGAGGUGAUGGAUCAGAGGGUGGUGACUGCUGACAACCAGGCAGUGAUCCACCAAGUAGCUCUUCUGGGGAUGAGUUGCACCAGAAUGUGUGGAGUUGAACGGCCAGAUAUGAGGAGAGUGGCCGAAGACCUUCGAGGUUUACAAGCUUCAGGGCAAGUAGUGCAGGAUGAGGCGGUCCAUCUGGAAGAACAUUUGAGAUCGAAGAAAUUAACUAGACAUUGUCGUCUUCUAGAUCUCUAUCUUUUAUGUUUUUGUUGAUUAUUACUACUAGCCGGAUUUUGUACAACAAUAUAUAUAUUUUAAUGAUCUAAAUUUUUUUUGUGUUUUAGCAAAUAUAUGAAAAUAUUUUAAUUAUAUAUUACUUUGUGUAUCAGUUUUUGAACUUAUUUUAAAAAUAAGCUAAAGUUGAAUUUAUGCAUUAAAAAAAAAACAUGACACAACCGAUAUUUGUGACUGCACCAACAUUUCUGAGUAUUAAUGCUCUUAUAAAUGAAUAGAGUUUAUGUUACCGUCAUAUCGAGUUGUGCAAAAUGCUUUUCGAAUUCGAUGAUUACUUUCGCUUGUUUCAUGGGUGACAUUUGAUGAAGAUGUGAAAACAGAGCAAGAUUUGUCAAAAAGAAGUGAGAGGACAUAUCAAAGUGUCUGUGAUUUUAGCUCAGGUUUGUUUCUCUUCUUUUCCUACUCUCUUAUUUUGCUGUGUAAGAGUUGGUUUUAACAAUAUAACCUAAAACCAUGAGAUUUGAGUUUUAAUUUUUUUUACUUAGAAACUGCACUCAAACACCCUAAAAUCGCCUGAAAACUUAUGUAUUCAAUUAAGGCUUUUAAAAAUUCUUUUCAAAUCACAUGUUAUUGAACAUGGAAUUUAUGUAAAAUAAUUGCAAACACUUACAAAUCUCAUGUUAUUCAAUCAACCAUUUACAAAACUUAAAUCAAAUCUAAUGUUAUUGAAAGGUAAACUAAUAAAAAGUUAUGAGUGUGAUUUUGGGAUACUUUAAAUUCAUCUAAUCUAUUAAAACAUGAGUACAUUUUGUAUUUAGCUCUGAGUUUUCCUCAAUAAAUACCAUGGAAUGCCAUUGAAUGAAUAUUUUCAUUUUUUAAGUCAACUAAAAUCAGAAUAAAACAACCGUUAAGUACAAACUUAUUGCACACAUUAAUUUCGUGGAGGUUAAUAACUAUAUUGCCAUAUCAUUAGUUUAAUUUUAAAAUAUCUAAUAAGAUUUUAGGAAUGCAUAUUGCAAGGAAUAUCGCAGAUAUACCCUAUCUAUAACCUCUCCAUAUCUGACAAUUAAAUUUAAAAAUAAAAGUUAACCUACCUAUUUUUGACAUGUCAAUAUAUAUAAUUAUUUUAAUUACUUCCCAUUCAUAUUCUGAAAUCACAAAAUAAUGUACGCUUGCUAAAAGUUUUACACCUUAAUACGUUAAACCCUAGAAGAUUGGAUGGAGUACACAUGAAGCUACUUCAUUCGUGAAAUCAGAACACCAGUUGUGGGGGAGAAUCUCUUGAAUGCAUUCUUGCAGAUGAAACAGUUAGUGUUACCCCUCUAUAUAUUUUUGUGAUUAACGUCAUGACUCAUGAGUCUAUUGUAACACUAGAUAUUAUAAACGUUAUUUUGAUAUAUUUAGGAAAAUAUCAUGAAAAGAAAACGAAAGCAUGGAAAAGGUGGAAAAAAUAUUGAGAAUGACUCAGUUACAAAAAAAAAAAAAAAAAAAAAAUAUUGAGAAUGAGAUACCAAAGUUCUUUUUGGUAAAAACAAAAUAUCAAUUCACAGUAAUAUUAACAUUACUGAUGAACACUGCCUUGAUCAGCAAGGAAAUCUACCUGUUCCAAGUGAUUGUGCUUUCAAGCUCUAUUUUUAAUAGGGUUUUUGAUUGUCUUGAUAAAAACCCAGCUACCAUCUUUAUGGGUUCUUUAGAACCACAAAUCACAAACACACAAAAAAUCCAAGAAUCAAAACGAAAUGCAAGCUAGGUAUGUGUGUUUUUAAUGUCAAAAUAUUGAAAAUGGAUUUUUCAACUUUAUGAAGAAACUUUUCAUUAAUUAAUAUGGUACGUUAAUUUAAUCAAAUUAUUACUAGGUGAGGAUUUGAUAUCAAACUAAUCUCUUUGUGACUUUAAUUAAGUGACUUUUCAUUUAUGUUUUUAAAAAAUAAAUAUGUUUCUGUUUUUUUUUCCCAGAAAAAAACAAUAUAUGGGCUUGGGUAUAUUAUAUAACGAUCCACAAAGUAAUUGUAAAUUAUGAUGUACCAAAUUUUUAAUCAUAACAAGUCACUUAAUUAAAUUAGGCUUGAUAAAUUAAAUUUUCAACAAGCUGUACUUACUUUUGAAUUUUUUUUUUGGUAACUUGGUUUUUACUAUUUUAUUUAUGUUUAUGUCUAAAUAAUGUAUUUAUUUUUUAAAAAAAUCUCUAUUUCAAAUUUGAACUUUGUAUUCAACUUUACAUCAAAAUAUUUAUAAUAUAAUUAAAUAAAAACUCACAAGUAUAAUUAAAACUCUAAUAUUUGACACUUUAAUGUUUAUUUUACCAAAUAAAAUGAAUAUAAGCACAAUAAAAAAAUAAUCUCAUGAUGACAAAAAAAAAAAAUAAUAAUAAUAAUCUCAUAUUUUAUGAAUGGAAGUUAAACACAUUGAACAAGACACACCAAUGUCAAAACUUAAUAACCGAUGAAUCAAUAGCAAGAAUUUAAACAGUUAAAUUUAUAGCAUUGUCAAAAAUUAAAAACAUAUAAUUAUGAAAACAAAACCCGUGCGGACGCGCGAUCAGAGGCUAGUUCUAGUUAAAAAGUAUAGCUGUAAAACUUCCACCUCUACAUGUGUUAUUUGGAGAGACUUGAAAAUAAAAAUUAAAGAUGAACAAAGAAAAUAUAUACAAAAGACAACCGACGGCAUGCUUGUCUCUCUCUCCAAUUCCAUUGGCAAGGUACAAAACUUAAAGUUCAAAAAAAAAAAAAAAAAGGUACAAAACUUUAAUUUCAAUCCAAACCCAGAAGACAUCUGAUCACUUCAUCCAUGGAGAUCAUCUCAAACCCCAUAAAGCUUCUUCCUUUAUCAAUCAUCACUAUUCUGUUCAUUAUCAUCUUCCUCUGCUUUUUUCCUGCCAUGGUUGCUAAUGAAACCUAAGAUGCCUAAGAGGAAUCCAGACCUCUCUCACCAACCCUCAGGAAGUUCUAAAAUCAUGAAACUUCGGUUCCUCUGAAACUUCGUCGUCGCGUCAUCAAUCUCGAGCUUCGAGACAUGGGUUUUAUCUGGUCGGAUCCCAGAGUCUCUUCAGUACUGUGACAGCUUACAGAAGCUCGAUCCAUCUAGCAAUCGAUUGUCUGGUAACAUCCCUCCAAAGCUAUGUACUUGGUAAUCGUUUUUGAUGUCUUUUGAUCUGUUGAAUAAUGAACUGAACGGUGAUGUUUAGCUGAGUGUAUAGGCUCGGGAACUCUUUGGUUCUGUCUGAGAAUCGGUUAUUGCAGCUGGUGUGUUUGGUGUUUGGUGGUAUUACCAUACGAGAAAGAGAAGUAGUUAAAACGAAGGAGUUAGUAGCUUAGCGCAGAGACUUAGAAGCCAUAUGCUAGCACAAGUCUCUGUGUUUCAGAAGCCUUUGGUUAAGGUUAAGCUUGGGGACUCGAUGACCGCAACUAAUGGUUUCAGCUCUGAGAACAUUAUCGUUACAAAUAGAACAUGAACAAGGUAUACGGCGGUUCUUCCUGAUGGCACAGCACUUGAGUGAGUGUAAGCUUUGGGAGAAGGAGUUUCGGUAUGAGAUGAAUCAGUUGUGGGAGCUGCAUCACCUAAGUUAGCGCCACUUCUUGGUGACUGCGUUGUGGAAGAAGAGAAGCUUCUUGUUUAGUAUUUUAAGCUUUUACACGUAAUUAAAAUCUUGUAAUAUAAUUCAUGUAAUAUUAUGAGUAACAAGUUGAUUACUGUGGAAAAAAAAAAUGCAUUGAUAGAAAGACUCGCAGCAAAUCACCUGAAUAAAUCCGAACUGUUUUUUUUUUCAUCAACUUUACCGAAUCACCUGAAUAAAUCCGAACUGUUUAGAAAAUAGUUUACCAAAUCAUCUAUAGAUUUUAUUUUAGUUUUUAAACUUUAACCGAUAAUUUCGAAACUCACCUAAAUCCCAUCAAAAUUAUAACACCCCACAACUCCUCAAAAUCCUCAGUUCAAUACACUCCUGUAAAAAUACUAUCUGAAAGAUUUGCCCAUAAUAUUAUCCAUAAUAUUUUUAAUUCAUUAUGUAUCUCAUUAUAAAUAAUAAUUACGACAGCGAAAACUAGAAAAUUAAUUUUUAGAUAAUACUAUAAAGAUAAUUUUCAUUAAUGACUCGGCCCUAAUUAUUGUUUAGUCUUGUAACUUUAGCAUAUUACGGCCGGUCUUGGUGUCAACCUCGGCAAUUAGAAGUAGUCCGUUUCAAAACCUCAACAAUCUAUCAAAUUGGCUACUGAGCUAGAAAUGUACUAUUUAAGUCGCAAUUAGAGUAAAUCGAAUGAUGAUUCAUAUAGCAUGGUGGGAAAUCGGCCAAUUCCUACAUCAACAAGGACCAACGGUCCCGAUCAGUACAUAAACAUGUUACCUGUGCGAAAACAUACAUCAACUACUAGAAAGUUUAAUUUUCA